AUGUCUCGUCCUCAGGUCAGCAUCGACCGUCUCACGCCCCGCCGUGCGACGGUUGAGCCGCGCGAAACCAUGAAUUGCAAAUCCUGUCGCAAGCGCAAGAUCAAAUGUAAUCGUAUGCGACCGAGCUGCGAGGCAUGUAAGGUCUUCCAGUGCCCAUGUCUUUAUGAUGCCGUUCCCAAAAAACGGGGCCCCAAAACAGAUGUGCUAGAAGCUCUUCUCAAGCGGGUCGAUGGGUUGGAGAAACGCCUCCACGACGAAAAGAACCCCAUCUCGCCCACUUCUCCCGAUACCGCAGAUGAUCAGCCGAGCUUUCCUGCCCGUCGCAACACCGUCGACGCUUCUUUUAAUAUUUACUCUUCGAGCGAUCGAUCGGCUCUGCCAACUUCUCUCCCCCAACAUGUGGAUCCCUUCAUUAGGCCAACCGGCCACCCAGCAGGUCUUCUGCAACAGCCCUCUCCGACAAACAAUGGUCCACUAUCGGAUGCGACCCUGGAUCUUUACUUCGAGCGACUGCACGGCAAGCCAUUUUAUAUAUUAGACGAGGCAACAACGCGGCAGCUCCAUCAACUGAACCAAUUACCUCCGUGUUUGGCCAUGGCCAUCUCAGCAAUGACAGUAAGAUAUACAACCUCGCCUGGUCAAGUGGAACAGUCACUACGUUCCGGGCUCGAUGCGGCGCUACAAGCAAGACGUAUGAUUGAAGUCGACGAUCCUACAGUAGAAGGACUACAGACUCUAUUGUUACUUUCGCAAGCUUUCCACGCCUAUGGUCUUGGAAAGAAAGCUUAUAUGACAUUUUCAAAUUGUGUUGCCAUGAUCGUCGCGCUGGAUUUGUAUCGGGAGGCUCCCUCCAAGCCCAAUAUUUCGCCUGCCGAGCGAGAAAUGAGGCGUCGGCUAUUCUGGUCUGUUUACUUGAUGGACAGAUUCAUUAGCUGUGGAUCGCGACGUCCAUGUCUAAUCACCGAUCAUUCGGUUGUUCUGCGCCUACCGUCUUGGGCACCACAUGCAGCCGGUCUGAACAUGGAGGGAGAGCUCUUCCAUGUCGGUCCGAACAUUCAAUAUUCUUCUGAUUCCCGGCGCAAAUCACCAAGUGCUGCCUCUUUGCUGAUUGAUAUCACGCGUAUUCUUGGUGUCACGAAUAAGUAUCUGGCAGCUGGCGGAGUGAAAGGCGACUCUCACUUCCCAUGGCAUGCGCUUUCUAAUCUAUCUAAGAUCCGACAAGAAUUAGAUAUAUGGGCCGCUGGUACGCAGGACGUCUUUGCGUCUAUCGACUCAUUGUUCGGCCACCCUGAGAGUACAACACUUUUGCUGAGCAAGUUGAUCUACCAUUUGGUGCACUGUUUGAUCUAUCGCCCGUUCUUACCCAUUGACCUGGUAGAGCUCCGGGGUACAGGGCAGCAUCAGUCCUGGCAAAUUGAGGCCACGAACUUGUGUUUUUCGCACUCCAAUGCCAUCGCAGAGCUCGUUGAACUGGGUCGCAACUCCCCGCUAAUCGAGUGGCCUGCUUUCGUCGCAUACUGUGUGUUCACAGCAGGGACCGUGCAUGUUCACGGUGUGCACUACAAGGGCCGCGAAGGAGAGGUUUUCUCUUCUAGCGCUGAAUUCCUGACUCGGGAGAUGCACCAGCUUGCUUGGCUGCGUAAUAUUUGGACUGGCGUCCAGCAUCAGCGUGAGCUGCUCCAGACUAUCUAUACGUGUCACUCCGAAUUAGUACGCAAUCUUGCCAGUAGCCCAAUGCGGUUUUCGCCAGUCUUCCACCUCGAACACUUCCUCGACCGAUAUCCUGGUCUGGCGUUAGAUGGAUCACAUGUUCGGCUUAUAGAUGCAGGGGAUGAUCUAGCUCCAAGUGCUGCGAGCUUCAUUGAUCACCAGGAUCACUACUACCAACGACCAAUCGCCACACCCUCAUAUCACAAUCCUUCACCCUACUUCUCAAAUACCCGGCCUGGGCCCUCGAGUCCGUUACCAUCCAGCCAGGCCUCAGAUAUCGACCGUCGCAACUCCCAUUCCCAUUCUCUAUCUCAGAAGCCAUCCCACCCAACUUCUCUCUCGCCCAGUAUUCAAUUCCACACGAUCCAAGGCAAUCAACAGCAACAAUCAUCAUCUGUCUUCUCCCUCCCAGCCGGAACAGACCUAUCCGGUCCCGGCACAUCAGAGAACACCCACCUCUCGAUCCCGGGAUUCUCCCCCUCGUCCUUUGGACUCUCCCCACCAGCCUACCUCACCGACGCUUCCAUGCACAUAGCACCAACACCCCCAAACCCGCAAUACGCAACCUUCCCAUUCGACACCACUCACGCAAAUCCGAACGGAAUGACGCAAGCAGGUCCCACCGCCCUGACCCCAGGCGGCCAGUCCCACACUAGUGGCACUCACACCACAGCCGGCAGCGAAAACACAUCUGAAAAAGACCCUUUUCUGCGCUUGCUAGAACAGCUGGCUGAGAAUGAGAACUCGCAGGGCGGGCCUAGUGAGCUUGAGUUCUUUCUGACAGGUACCGGUGCCGAAGGUGAUACAGCUAUUCCUCUUGAGAAAGAUAGUGCUUCGUAG